GCCGCAGUUAUCAAGAAAAAUCUCGAAACGGAUACUGGGAUAAAAGAGCCUAAAGGACCGAAUACCGUCACUGAAUUGGCUGGUGUAGAACGAGAUGAUUUACCAGUUCCAGCUAUGGAGGUUGUGGUUCCGAAGGAUGACAACAACAAUGGUGACAACGUUGUCAAUGAUGGUACUCAGGAGAGCGCUGCUUAUGAUGACGAUAUAACUGAACUUGAGCUGGCAAUUCCAUUGCGUCGCAGUGUCCGCAUCGCAGCGAGGAUGACUUCUGCUGAUUCCGCCUCGGACCCUCAUCCCACGGGUACUGCCGGCAAACGAGGAAAGAAGAAGAAGAGAAUAGUUAUUGUGAAGAAGGUCGAAGAGCCUAAGCGUCGUGUUGCGCGCAAGUGA